GGUUGUAGUUAGCAGAGGGUUGCCAGGGUUGAGUCUUUCAUGCUCUCCAUUUUUCUUCUGCCCGUUCUUGCUGUGUAUCCCUUGAAAGAAGACAAAACAAUUAUUACACUUCAGAAAAAGAUGGAGAGAGAAGAUAGAACGAUAAGAGAAGACAGUCUUGAAGGUGGGACAGAACUGGUGGAUGUCUUUAGGAUACUCUCAGAUUUACCAAAGGAGAGACUGCAUAGCCUGACAUUAAAGUUGGGCAGCAGCCCAGCUGAGAAGCUCACACAUGCCAUGUCCCUUAUUAGUCUUAGGAGAGGGACAGAGGCCCUGGAUAAGCUCCAGACCCUAGAAGGAAAUGGCAUUGCUAAAUAUCUAUCUGAAAGGGUAAACAUUUGUGGAGUGACGUUAAAUAACUUCAGAGUGGACAGAACAGCAAUGGCAGAAGACAACUUAAUAUAUCUGGCCAGGAUUUUCAAGUUGUUGGCUGAGGAGAGGUUGUGCGAAACAUUUCUAAGAGAUUGUGCAUAUAAGAGAGCCCUUAAAGCUUGCAGGCACACGGAAGGUACUUAUAAGGAAGGUCAAAAGUACACACACUUGGAUCAGCUGAAAAAAGAAGCAAAAAAGGUCUGUGGUCCUCGGAUUGAAGAUGUCAUUCAGGAUACAUUUUCCUUCAAGAACUUACCAUCAGGAGAGUACUGUUCUUCAUUACAUGAAUCAAAUACAGCUUUGAAAACUCAAACUUCUGGAAAUCAUCCACUGAGCAACCAAAGUCUGCCUUCUUCUCUACAGACGUACAUCUCCCAAGGUCUCCCCACUCAUUUAGAGAUCAGUGUAUCUGAAGAUAAAAUAUUUUCCAAGCUCCCACCUAACCAGAUGGAAUCACCUGCUGCACAUUGUUUUGAUAAUACAGAAAAAGAUGUAUUACAAUACUACAGUAAAUCUCAGAUGACAAAUGGACCUCCACCUAUUAACAAAGUUAAUACAUCCAUCUCACCUCACAUUCCCUCUUCUUCAGCUCAGAAUUGUUCCCCCUCCAUGAAAACUGAGACCAAUCCGAACACUUUUCCAAAAUGUAAAACAAAUGUGGAGGAAGAAGAGUCAGUCUUUUACUCGUUUGUGAUCCUGCAUGCUGAAGAGGAUAUAGAUUUGGCUGAAAGGAUGAAAGAAAAAUUAGAGGCUCUGAACAUUGCUUUAGGAGCAACUUUCUCCCAGGACUUUGCAAUCCCUGGCAGGAGCACUCUUACGUGCAUAGAAGAAGCCAUUGACAACUCAGCCUUCACUCUUCUGCUACUUACGAGUAACUUCAACACCCGUCUUCUGGAAAUUGAAACUAAUUCAGCUCUAAUGAACUCUAUUAACAACCGACAUAAGUACAACACUGUCAUCCCUCUGCACCCAAAAGAAAAUUGUAUGCUCAAAGAAAGAAUGCCAAAACUUCUGCAGAUUUUGGUUCCAUUAAAAGAGAAUGAGAUGUUUGAGAAAAAAGCAAAAAAAGCCAUCAACCCAGCAAAGAUUGAAGACCAGAGGCAGGUGUGGAGGAAAGAGCAAAGGGUGAAGGAACAAAGGAGAAGAAAGGAGAGAGCGCGUGAAGAUAUCAAGCUACAAAUGGAUUUAAUCUGUGAAAGCAAGGAGGCUGAUAAGCUACAGCAGGAAUGGAAGCCUAAUUUGCCACUGGGUGAACUCAACAUCCAACAUCCCUUGACGUCCCCUAGACCUAAUAUUCAUAUUGAGAAUGCUAGUUACAUAAUAAUUGGUAAUGAUUCCAAAAUGACGGUGGGUUUAGAUAGGAAUAGCUUUGGGGACAAUGAUUAGUUAACAUGUUAGUACAGUUACGUUUAUAUGAGAGAAAAGGGAACUUUAAUUGUUUUCUGAAUAUAAUGUUGAGUGUACAAAUGUGUUUAGUCCAUGUGAGGUUGGCAUGUAAUCUACAGGUGUAACAAUUAUGUCCAUUCGCUUUAGUCAUUCUGCAACUAUUUUGCUUUCAGGGGAGUUUCAACUGAAUUCAUUGAAAUGCAAAACAAAAUAGGUAUAUAAUGCAGGCUUAAGCAGCAUAUCAUGACACAUUUUGGUUCUGCAGUUUACCACUUUGAGUUUAGCAGGAUAUUAAAACUAUUUCAGUCAAGACAGUCUUCUCACUCACGUAUUGAUUAGCAUUUAUUGAUAACCAUAGACAUGGAAAUAGGUUUGACUUGGGCGGAGUGGGUGUGUCUCGGGGAAGCCCUCUAGCAUUUGCAAGCACAUACAUAGGGAGCAAUAUGAGUAAUAAUCUCCCUGAUGGAUAGAAACCACAGCACCACAGAUCAUACAACAUGGAUGAGUGUGUGCGUAUCCGUGAGGCCUUUUAAUUACACUUUAUCGGACGUAACCCAAUGGGCUUGAGCGGGCAAACACAGGUGCCGUUAAUAAGCGGAUGACGCUCGCUGCCCAAGUGCCAUGCCUGAACUAGGCUUCGCUCAUGAGGUUAAGGUUAAAUUGUAAACAGCUAUAUUUUCAUACAUUUGUUCCAAACUGCAACCUGGCAUUUAUGUUCUUCUGAACUACUAGUGGUGUGUUGCCUCUUAUGUAGACUUCAGCACUUCCCUCCCUGGACAGACACGCACAUUUUGAUUCCUCAUUUCGGUUCCUGACUUCAUUACAAAGGGUUGAGGGUUGAUUAGGCUACGAUCCCUUGGUGGUAUUUUUCUGUUAAUAAAAUUGCUAAUUUGCAACAGGUUUCUUCCGCACCGUCGCUUGUACUCCCCAAGUUGAGCCUUUCGCAUGGCUAGAGGCUGAUUGAUUGACUUUACAGCUCAAAUAAAGGCUAAAGCCAAAAGCUGUGUGUGGCACAAAAAAGGCAAGAUUUCUCAAACGAAUUAGUUGGAGAGCUCCGAAAUAUUUGUAGCGAAAUAUGGGCAAUAGAAAUGAAUGGAUGGAUGUUGAGGAUUUGAGUGUAGCUAUCUGGCAACUCCAGCUUUGACGUUCUAAGAUGACAGAAAACAACUGAGUCUUGUUGAACGUAGGAGUUAUUUAGCUGUGUGUAUGUUCCGAUAGUAAGUUAGCGAGCUAGCUGCAGAGCUGCAUCCGCAGUGUUCAUGUACAUUUGGUAGUUGAUAGCAGCACGGACACUACGCACAAAUGGGUCGGCCCGCAGGAAAACAUAACAAUUUCCCCAGAAAUAGAAAUUGUAGGUUAGGCUACCACUCACUUGUAUUUAUUUAUUUAUUUCCAUCUCAUAAUUUGACAUCAACUUUGGAUGCUUUUUGUAGUUAUAGUGUAUAGUACAGGAUAAGAUAAUUGGCCUACACAUUUUGUUGAAUAAAUACAAAAAUCAUGACAUUUUUUGUUUUUCACAGAAAUAUCAAUGGAUAUUCUCCUUUGCCUAUCUCCACAUCAGAAUAAGAUGUAACAUAAGAUCAUAUUCUUAUGUUUUUUCUCUCCAAAGAAUUCUUGGAAUCGGAACCAAGAUUUGAUAAGAACCGGAUUUUAAAACUAGAACCCGAAUCGGAAAUGGUCAAAUUGAAACAAUACCCAACCCUACUGGAGAGUGGAGUUUUUUGUGUCAAUGAUGGACCAAACUGAGAAUACUGCUGAGAAAUAUUGUCCUUAACUGAUAUUUUAUUUAUUUUUGCACGAAAGGCUUUCGUGAAUAUGAUUAUAAAUAGCAUAGACAUACAAAUAAUUAGCUAAAUGUACAUUCUAAUUAUUUACAUUAUAAUUAUGCAAUACAAUAACUUGAAAGAAGUUUGACAUGUUCUUCGGUUUAUACAACUUUACUUGUAAAUACAUAGAGAGCAUGCUGAGAAUCAAGAUUUGAUGAGAAAAGUUUGACAGAUAUGUAGAAAAUGAAUUGCUGUAAACACACUGCUCAGUCUAAGCUUAUGUUAAUACAAUUUAUAACUGCAGUGAUACAUGGUGAUAGGUGUUCCUGAUCAUUAAGAGUUUUUUUUAUGACAAAUUAUUAUAUAUAUAUAUUUUAUAUUCAAUAAAAUGAAUAAUAGCUUGUGAGCGUU